AUGGACUCCAAAGAUCUACCACCACCACACGGCACGAUUGAAUGUUUCGGCGAAUUUGAAGGGCCCGAAGUCCUGCUACUGGUCGGGCACGGAGGUGAUUGCGCCACCUUUCACAUUGCAGAGUCGUACCUGCGCCAUCUCGGUCCACGGUGGAAAGCCCUGCAAGGAGUUCGAGCGCAUCGCCUAUCCAGAGGACUGUUCAGAGGACUGCUCAGCGGUGUCUUCGGCGGAUCGUAUGGCGGAGUCUUCAGAAACCCAUUCACUGGACUGCGUGGCUUCGACAAGAAUCCGAGAAUACUGAACUUGAAGGGCGAUUACCCAGACGCCAUACGCAUUCUCCUUCAGAUUGUUACCAUGGAGUUUACGAAGCUUCCUGAAAAACUCGACUUCCCCGAGCUUGUUCGCCUAGCAGAGGUUGCUGCACGAUGGGACUGCCAUGCGAUGCUCGCCAAGUUUAUCGAAGGGUGGGCUGCACCGUACCGCGACAGGAUAUUCCUUCCCGGAUACGAACAAUGGCUCUAUAUCGCUCACGAAUUUGGGUACGAGGACGAGUAUUUGGAGCUUUCACGACGCCUUGCUAUUUGCUGUUCGAUCGACUCCCAAGAUCGGCUCGUCACACCUGAUGGUUCCGUCCUUGAACAGAGGGGGAUAUUUCCUCUCGACACACUCUUUCAAAUUCAUGAAGGUCGGCGACAGAUCCUUCACAGCAUAAUCAAGGCGCUAUAUGACCUCUGGGCAAUAGUCGCCAAUGGCUCCAGUUGUCAACUUGCCGAUGAAACCAAUAGCUAUGACUACCGAAGCUGCGCAGGUGUCAACCUGAUUGAGUUCACUGAAUACCUCCGGGGCAAAGGGUUGUUUCCGAUGAUCAAGACCGUCGAGCCGAUCCGUUAUUCACCAUUUGAGCUGGCAAGAUAUGUGGAUACGGAGCUCCUCUCGCACACCGUCGACCUCGAUUCCGAGGGAUCUUCAUCACCUCGUCCGACACCACCACACAUCGACUGUCACGUUGGGUUCCAACUCGGGCCUGUCAUGCAGAACAUUCUUGACAAUGCCAGGUGGCCGGUUGAAAUCUCCAUAGUAGAUCGCAUCAGAAGCAAUACUUGUGAGUACCGACUCGACCCUGCAUUUGAUGACCCAUAUGCAGAUGUCGAUGGUACCCCAGUACUGCCGAGAGAGCUUGUUUGA